AUGUGGAGGUGUGGCGCUGGAUGUAUUCGAAGAGGUAUUGCCUAUCAAAUCGACGAAAUUCGUAUAUCAAUGUUCUUUGUUAUUUUUGUAAAGGAACCUCCAAAAGACUUCACACUGAUUAAACAUGAAAAUGUGAUCGCAACACCUCAUCUAGGUGCUAAUACUAAAGAAGCCCAAAAACGAGUUGCUAUCGAAUUGGCCGAACAGAUAAGAGAUUUUAAAAUGGGUACAUCACUAAUUGGAGUUAUAAAUGGAUCAGCUGUGAUGGGUCAGUUUUCAAAUACUAAUCGUUCGUUACUUGUUUUAUCACGUUCAUUUGGUGAAUUAUUAAUUCGGAUAAAUAAACACGAAGAUAUUUCUUCUCCCAUAACGAUUUCUUGUCAUAAUAAAAAAGCUUUCUUAUUCUUUUCUUAUUUAUUUAAUUCCCAUUCUACUUAG